UGUGUGUGUAUACUCAAUGCACCGAUGCACUCCAUAUAAACAGAAUCGUGUAGAGACUUUCCGGUCAGCGGCUCUGACACAUCGGGAAAGAGGGCCCUGAAUUAUUACACCAAAUUCACCAAGGAACUAUUUAAAAUAUUCUCAAACUGGAUUUUAUAUUUUUAUCAAUUAGAGCCACUUUUUAUUCGCUCUACGGCUGUGCUUACUCGCUAAUAGGUUGCACGUUGGUUGUUACAGCGCCAUAAGCUGGGUUAAUUUUCGUACCUUCGACCUAUAACUCUCAUCAAAACUUGUGGGAAAAAAGCUGAUUUAUGAAAAACGUGCUUUAUAUGAGUUAUCAUAUUAAACACACGAUAAGAUUCUCAGAGAGCUAAUUUGUUUGCAAGGAUGAAGGUGUGUUAAAGAAAGAAAGGAGACUCUAGCAGAACUUUUGAAACUUUAAUAUUACUCGUUUUACGCUACACGCUCCUCCACUAUAAAAAUGGAUCAGUGUUUGUGAAUGAAGUUUUUGGAAUAUAUGGGAGAUGUAUCAUUCCAGUUUAUAGUGGCACGCGUGAGGAUUUUUAGCUGAAAUUCUUUGAGUGUGACCACCAGGGAAUAUUAUCAGAAUGCACCUUGCGCUGUUGCUAUCGUUCGUUAUCUUUUGCAGCUUGGAUUCAGUGGCCAGUGGGCUCAGGUCAAAAAGACGAGAGGUAGAUUUAGUGGCAUCACUGUAUGACAAAGCUGCAAAAUCUCUGGGAAUAGAGAAAGUUGACCCUAAAGGCUAUAGAAUCACCUCCAAGUGGAAUCCGAGGACUUUACCCAAUUUUAAGUUUAAAAGAUUUUGGAAAAAAUAUCGUGGGAAAUUAACAUUUUAUUUUUCUGGACAAAUUAUACCACAGACUAGACCUAUUCCAAUAUUUUCAAUUUAUCACAGACGGAAACCUCUGCCAUAUUUUGAAGCAUUAAUAGAUUUUCAAAAAGGAAAAGUUAUUAUUCGAUAUCAGGGAGUGACUUCAUUUCAACGGAGUUUUGUAUCAUUUGAUUCUUCAUUAAAAUCCAUAUCAGGAGCAAUAAUUCAGAUUAAAAAUAAUGUUGUGACUAUACAGCUAGAUUGUCAUCCGUCCAAAUCGGUCAAAUUACGACAAAAGGUAGCACCUAUCCCAAGAUCCUCAAAAAUUGGUCUACAGGAUUUCAAAAGUAAAGAGAAAAUUAUAGGCUUACUUUUUGAAGCAAAAGUAUACAGUUAUAUAAACAACAUUCCAUCUACAUGUUUUAGUAAAGCAUUAUCUACAUACCAAAGAGAUGCCGGUAAAAUUUCUGCACAGACAACAUCAGAAGAGUUACGGGCCUUACAGAGAAGACUCUCUCAUCUAACAUCAGUAGUUAAUACCCUUCAGUCAGAGAAUACAGAAUUGAAGGCGCGACUUAGUUUGCUGGACACCUGUGUAUGUUACCCACAAUGCCUUGUGAACGGUGUAAUUUAUGCAGAUGGCGAAUCAUGGCAAAAAGACACUUGCACUUUCUGCACUUGCAGGGAAGGCCAGGAGGACUGUAUAAGAAGAGUGGAGCUGCCACAAUGUCAUGCCCCCUGUGAGACCUCACCCUGCCAGAACAAUGGAUACUGCGUGGAUGCCAGUCCCGACCCCUCGGGUUACCACUGUAUGUGCCAGCCCCCUUAUGAUGGCCCCCUUUGUGAGACCAGACAGAACCCCUGUGUGUGGCCCGUGGAACCUGGGCUUUGUAACAUGACUGUUGUCAGAUAUUAUUAUGAUAGGUUUGAGGAGGAAUGUCUACCCUUCAACUUUACAGGUUGUGGUGGAAAUGUUAAUAACUAUGAAAGUUUUGAGGCAUGUCGUGAAGUCGCCAUGACAGGUGCUUGUUGUUUCCGCAGGUUUAAAGCUGACGAGAAAGCCCUUAUUUCUGGAAACCAAAUGAAGGAAUCCAAAUGUCGGGUGAUGUUCCUGAAGGACUGUAAAUCCAUCCACAAUCAGAAGAGGAAACGCUACACAAAGGAGGUAGUGGCCUUCUACCCAAGUCUUAGCUGUGAGAAGGCAGGCUGUAUAAACACCCAGAGUGGGUGUGUCUACGAUGGUACCUCCUACCAACCCGGGGCCAUCACGUACCAGGGAUGCCAGAAGUGUACCUGUGAAAUCGAUGAACGAUGGACAUGCCAGUGUGAUUCUGUCAGCAAGAGGAAAGAUGUCAGAGACAUGACAACAGCAGAAAUAUCUCGAUUUCAAGCAGCCAUUCAGCAAUUAAGGCUAGAAGAUAACCAGUGGGAGAAAUUACGUGACAUGUACAUGGCUCAUGGCAUGCAUGCCAAUGGAGGCCCAUACUUCUUACCCUGGCAUAGAGUGUUCCUGAGAGAAGUGGAGAAGAAACUACAGAAGAUAGACUGUGCUAUAACACUGCCUUACUUUGAUUUCACCACCGAUGUUGGUAAUUUUGCUGAGGCGAUCAUCUGGCAGCCGAACUACUUUGGUGGGGAUGGCUCUGGACUGAGUCAUUGUGUGCUUGACCACAGUUUUGGAAGCCCUGGUAGUUGGCAGCCUUGUAUUAUGAGGAAUUUUCACACCACGAUACAGCUCCCCACCAUGGCUGAGUUAGCCCUGGCCCUGGCAAGUGAUGACUACACAGAAAUGAGCAUGUGUGUGGAGAGUUAUAUCAGUUACAUUCACCGUUACGUUGGUGGAGACAUGGCCACAACAGGUGGCCCCUAUGAUCCAGUUUUCUUUGCGAUUCACUCUUUCAUUGAUAUGCUUUACUGGAGAUGGCAGCAGAGAGGUAAUAAUAAAUUCAAGUACCCGGCAGCAUUUGGCAACAUACCAAUGGUGCCCUUCAACAUUCCACCCAGUAGUGUGCUUGACCUUGAGGCUGACCUCUGUGUGACCUAUGCCCCUCCCUCUCUUGGUCACCCUUGCAAUGCCAGUACCGACAUCAGGGGAGGAGACAGAGGGGACACCCCGAGCAGUAAAGUGGCGGUGAUAAACUAUUCAGGCUAUGUCAGUGGAUUUGACAGGAAUGGUUAUGAUCUCUACGGCUACAAGAAAAAUGGACUGAACAGAGAUGGCUUUGACAAAGAUGGAUAUGAUCUGGACGGUUACAAUCGCUAUGGAUACAAUAAGGAGGGUUACAACAGAUGGGGGUUCAACAGGACUGGGUACGACAGAGGAGGGAAAAGGGACACCCAAGGGAUCUAUGACCAGAAUGGAUUUGAUGACCAAUGUCUUAAUAUACAAGGUCUGACUAAGUAUGGAUUUGAUAAGUAUGGGUUUACCCCUGCUGGUUAUGACAAAGAUGACUGUAACUUCUUGUUUAAUGGUCCUUUUGAUGUUCUCCACUCCCUGAAGAUCUGGGAGCUGUUAUCCCUGCAGGACAAAGGCUUCUUAAUGUCCGUCUACAGACUCUGCCCCGCCCUGGAUCCUGUCCCCCUCAGCUGGAGCAAGCAGUUCUGGGCCUCUAGUUUCAAAGAUGUCUCAGGACUUGUCCCAAGUAUCACUCCAGAGACCUCCCUCAGUAUUCCGUCCUCUCGCUUCUGUUUUGAGACCACCCCGUACCUAACACCCUGUACCUGUGAGACAUCCAUUACGAGCUGUACAGAGAAUCCUUGUCUCACAGAUGUUUGUCCCUCGUACCCCGAGGCCAUCUGUCACGUAGAUUUCUGCUCCGAGUGUAAAUCUACCUGGUACUAUAACAAUCAACAGGUGGAUUGCUUGGAGGAUAGAGACUUCUGUGAUCCAAACCCAUGUAUGAAUGGAGGAACCUGUCAAAAGAGUAUCUGGCCCACAGAACCCCAAUUAGUGACCUGCAUGUGCCCCCCAGGAUUUGAUGGUCAUCUUUGUCAGUACACAGCUAUCGAGGUGUGCAGUCUACCACUAAGUACAGGUAAUUGCAAUGAGAGACAGACCAGAUGGUUUUAUAAUCACCAGACUCAGAAUUGUGAGUCGUUUAUUUACUCGGGCUGUGGAGGAAAUUCUAACCACUUCCUGACAGAGGAGGUGUGUCAGUCUCGCUGUGUGAUAGGAGCAUGCUGCCACAGAAAACCACUGUUCAGAAAUAGAAUUGUGGGCUACAACCUUGAUAACUAUGAUAGGUAUGGAUUUGAUGUAUCUGGGAACAGUCGUAGAGGCACAACAAGAAACCUCAACAAUACCACACCUUUUGGCUCAGAGAGAUAUAACAGCAAAGGAUUUGACUGGGAGGGAUAUGAUGUGUUUGGAUAUGACAAGGAUGGAUAUGACAGACUUGGAUUUAACAGUGAGGGAUAUGACAGAGAGGGGUUCAAUAUCCAGGGAUACAAUAAGAUUGGGGAAUUUGAUGGGAUACUAGAGUAUAAUAAAGAUGAAUAUAAUGUUGAGGGAUUUAACAGGGCGGGUAUGAAUUGCCAUGGUUACAACAGACGUGGUUUGGAUUACUAUGGAAUGUCCACUGGUUAUGAUUAUAAGUGUCGACCAAUGUCUCUGAUCCAGUGUCAGAAUCUGGAACAGAACUCUGACAUUGAGGUCAUCCAGUUCCAGCAAGGGAAGCGAUGCUCGGAAGUCAGCUGUGGUGAGAGAUGUGGCUGUACGUACAGAAACAACACAUACAGUUUUGGUGACGAGUUCCGUCUGGGCUGUCAGACAUGCACCUGUACAAUCCGUGGUACCAUAGAGUGUCGGUGUAUGAGACGGAACUUCAGGAGGAAGGAAAUCCGAGACCUGACCAAGGAGGAACUGGAACUCUAUCAGCUUGGAAUCAAGAGACUAGCCACCAGUACAGGUCAUGAGCCAUCGCUGUGGUAUCAGUUUGCUGAGAUGUAUCAGAAACACAAACCUCAGGCAGUGGGAUCUGACCAGUUUCUACCGUGGCACAGAGCGUAUCUCAAAUAUAUAGAACAGCAUCUUCAGAACAUCAACUGUGACAUUUCUAUUCCAUAUUAUGAUUGGACGAUUGAUGCCGGAGAACCCCACAAGUCUGUUAUCUGGUCCACAGUUGUGUUUGGAGGAAAUGGGGAGGGACAGAGUGGGUGUGUCCCUUAUCAUAAUUUCAAGGAUUACUUCCCUCCUUACUGGAUACCAUGUCUGAGGCGACAGUUCAACAACAGUGUGACUUUCCCUGAUGCCAUCAAUGUUCAGCUUGCCAUGAAUGAUCCAUCAUUCACCAACUUCAGACUACAAAUGGAGAUAAUGCUCACAGCUGUACAGAGCUAUGUUGGAGGGCAUAUGUACUCUGAUUUGAGUCCAUAUGACCCAGUUUUCUUCUCAACAGUGGCUUACAUUGAUAAACUGUGGACUCUGUGGCAGAAGAAGCAUUCUGACUGGACAGCUAGCUAUCCAGUCAAACUGAGAUACAAACCCAUGGCACCAUUUAAACUUACCCCAGAUGAUGUGAUGUAUUCAUCCAUUCAGAUGUGUGUGAAUUACGUCCCCUUGACUUUCACCACUCUUUGUAAUAUAACUUUGCCCAGGUAUGGUUAUGAUGCUGAGGGUUUUGAUAGACAUGGCUUGGACAGAGAGGGUUACGAUAAAGACGGAUUCAAUAUUGAUGGAUUUGAUAGGAAUGGGACUAAGGAUUCAAGGGGUAUCUUCAACAUACAUGGAUACGACAGAGGUGGAUUCAAUAGACAGGGAUUUGAUGUCACUGGAUUUGAUCGAUAUGGAUUCUACAUAGAUAUGUAUAACCUUGAUGGAUUUGACAGUAAAGGUUAUGACCGAUGGGGCUAUGACAGGUAUGGAUUUAACAUCAAUGGAGUCACCCCAUAUGGAUUCAACAGGAAUGGAACCUGGAAUCCAGAUGCUGAUAAAACGGUCAUAAACAAGUUUGGUUACAACAUUUUUGGAUUUAACAAGUAUGGCUAUGAUAGAGAGGGUUAUGAUGUUUUUGGGUUUGACUCUCGAGGCCUUGAUAGAUAUUUCUGCAAUAACUUCUACCUUGGGCCUGUAUACAUGGUGAUCAAGCGCUGGGUGGAACUAGAGCUGGAAAAGCUAGAUAAAACUCCAAUACUAGAUAUCUAUCGCCUCUGUCCGUAUGUGACCUUCAUGCCAACCUGGAUGUAUACAGUAAACUGGUUAAAUCGUGGGGAUCAAGUGAUAAUAAUCAAAAGAUUGGAGAAACAGCUGAGAGAAGACCAUAGAUAUGACCCGACCUUCAUACCAAGGUCGUCCAGUGUUACAGAACACAAUGUAUGGCUUCCUGUUCCUCCUGAUCAAAGGUUGUGUUUUGUGACUAAUUACUUCAGUGGUUGUCCGUUUGGACAGUUCCCAGUCACCUGUAGACCAGAACUGUGUAGACAAAGGAGGUGUCCAGGUAUCCCAGAUGCUGUAUGUAGAAUCAACACAUGUGGAGACUGCUCUAUUGAAUGGUAUAAUGGAGUCACAGGGGCACCUGUUGUUUGCUCAGGUUGUGUGACGGGGGACGGUAGAGAAGAACCAGAGGGCGCCACUUGGAGAAAGUCCAAGUGUGAUGUCUGCAGUUGUCAGGAUGGCAUGGUGCAGUGCUCCACUACUCUGUGUCCAGCAGUUACGUGUAGAAACCCAGUCCAAAUCCCAGGCCAAUGCUGUGCUUCCUGUGAAGGUGGAUGUCAGUUUGAGGGUAGAAUUUAUGAACCUGGGGUCACAUUUUCACCUGACUCCUCCCCCUGCAGUGAAUGCAUAUGUAACCGUGGUGAUGUCAGCUGUCGGCAACGCCCCUGUCCAGCCCUGGGCAAGUGUAAGAGCAGUAUGACCCUGCCUGGGGACUGUUGUCCUACCUGUAUGGACUGUGGGAAUUAUGCCAAUGCCUCAAUGUGGAUGCAGGGACCAUGUCAAAAGUGUAGUUGUAUUAAUCGUGAAGUGAAGUGCUCAGAGAUUCAGUGUGGUUACCCAGACUGUAGAUACCCGUAUACCCCACCUGGGGAAUGCUGCCCCACAUGUGUCUCAUGCUACUACAAUGGCCGGAGAUAUGAGGAUGGAAGCCAGUUUGACUUGGAUGCCUGUACCCGAUGUGCCUGUCGCCAUGGUGAUGUGCAGUGCAGUAAGACUGCCUGUCCUGACGUCUUUUGUCAGAAUCCCAUCACACGACCAGGAGAAUGCUGCCCAACUUGUACCAGUGACUGUGAAUAUGAUAUGAAGAUUUACAGCCAUAAGGAGUCAUUUAUUGCCAGCUAUGAUCCCUGUCUCAACUGUUCCUGCAUGAAUUCAAUUGUUCGCUGUAUCCCCAUCAUGUGCCCCAAUGUAGAUUUCCCCUGUAGGAACCCCAUCAGAAAGGGAGAGGGUUGUUGUGAAUAUGUCUGUCCAAGUUGUGUAGAUGGAGGAAAGGAGUAUUAUAAUGGAGACACCUGGCCUUCUCCACGCGACCCCUGUCAGGUGUGUCAGUGUUCAGAAGGAAUUGUUACCUGUAGAACCAACAAGAACUGUAUGUACAGGUGUACACAUGGAAUCAUACCCCAGGGAAAGUGUUGCUCAGACUGUAGAGACUGUCUGUUCAAUGGGCGAGUGAUCAGUGAUGGGCGUCGGUUUCAGGCCCCGGGGGACAGGUGCCAGCAGUGUACCUGUGAGCGAGGUAACGUCAGGUGUCAGAGUUCUGGACCCUGCCCCACACUGUCCUGUAGGAUCACAGAACAACUGCCCGGGGAGUGCUGCCCUAGAUGUAAAGGCUGCAUACAUGAUGGACAAAGGUAUCAAAAUGGUGACACCAUUUCAGCCAGUCUGUGCGAGAGCUGUGUGUGCAACCAAGGUGCAGUAGAAUGUAAGCCUAUUAGCUGUGCCCCUCCCCGCUGUGAAAAUCCCAUACAGGUACCAGGGAGGUGCUGUCCUGUGUGUCAGGGCUGUGAGUACCAGGGAAUGUCCUACCCUGAGGGACAAACCUUUAACAACCCCAGAGACCCAUGUGAACAGUGCACUUGUCAAAAUGGCCGAGUUCAGUGUAGGAGGAAACCUAAUCUUUGUUCCCCCCGCCUUUGUACUCACCCAGAAACAAAGCCAGGAGACUGCUGCCCCGCCUGUGAUGGGUGUGUUUUUAUGAGGAGGAGAUUCUCCAAUGGCCAGAAGUUUGUCCCUGCAGGAGGGGAUCCUUGUAAAAUCUGUAGAUGUAUGAAUGGUAAUGUCACAUGUAUGUCAAUGGAUUGCCCCUCCUUGGACUGUAAAAAUCCAGUCAAGCCCCCAGGGUACUGCUGUGGGGUGUGCCCCCUGGCCUGUACAGUCCGAGGCAGGAACUACAGUGAGGGACAGACAUUUGCUGACCCCAGAGACAAGUGUAAUGUCUGCACCUGUGCUGAUGGUUCCAUCACCUGUAAACCAAUGGUGUGUCCAGUUCCUCAGUGUAACAACCCGACCAUACGACCAGGUCAGUGUUGUCCGUCAUGUCAAAUGUGUAGUCAUGGCAACAGACAGCUACAGAAUGGAGAAAGUUACGUCAAUCCUAAAAACCCCUGUCAACAGUGUACCUGUCAGAAUGGUGUAGUGACCUGUACCAGUGUAAGGUGUCCUGUCCUUAACUGUAUUGACCCCCUGUAUGAGCUUGGUAAAUGCUGUCCAUCCUGUCCCUCAGACAAAUGUAUCGUGGAGGGGCGGACCUACAGGUCAGGUGACAUCUUCUGUCUGCCCUCUGACCCCUGCCAGGAGUGCCAAUGUAUAGGGUCAAAGGCCACUUGUGCCAAGAGGGAGUGUCCAGAAACUAGGUGCCGUCAUCCUGCAUUUUUGGCUGGUAAAUGUUGCCCAGAGUGUAAAGACUGUAAUUACAAUGGACUAAUAUAUAAGGACAAAGAACAGUUUGCUAACCCAAGAGAUAGAUGCCAAACCUGCACUUGUAACCUUGGUAAUGUAGUCUGUAAGGCCUCCAACUGCCCAGUCACACAGUGCCAGCACCCUGUCACCAACAGAUGUUGUCCUGAGUGUAAAGGAUGCUUCUACAAGAGUCGUACUUAUCAGAAUGGGGAGCGAUUCCAGGACAACAGAGACCCCUGCGUGACUUGUACCUGCAGGGAUGGGAAUGUGACCUGUGUACCCAAGCCCUGUCCCGCAGUGUCAUGUAAAAACUCUGUACAGGGGCAAUGCUGUGCUGAAUGUGUAGAUUGUAUGUAUCAAGGGAGACGACUGAGGAACGAACAGAGAUUUAGAGAUAACAACAACCCAUGUAAUGAAUGUAGGUGUAGACAGGGAACUGUUACGUGUUCUCCCUUACCCUGCCCUACCACCAGCUGUAGUAACCCCACCCAGGGGAGGUGCUGUCCUGAGUGUAGAAACUGUUUAGUAGAUGGCAAGGUCAUUCCUAACAACCAGCCUGUUCCUAGUGCCCCAGGCUCCUGUCAACAGUGUAUCUGUAGGAACGGAAACGUAGAAUGUGGAACCAAGCGCUGUAAGAGUGUUCAGUGUAGUCACCCUGUGCAGCGUGAGUGUUGUAGGGAGUGUUCAGACUGUUUACUCAAUGGUAAAGAAUAUAGAAAUGGUGAAAUGUUCCCAGAUAGCACUGACAGAUGUAGGGAGUGUCAAUGUGCAAAUGGAAAUAUUCAGUGUAGACAGAAGAUUUGUCAGGAUAUCAGACAGCUAUGUAACAGUCCCGCUGUCACUGACUGCUGUCCUAGGUGUCAGGAUUGUCAGUAUAGGGAUCAGUUAUAUAGAGAUGGAGAGAGGUUCCCUGAUGUAUCAGACUCCUGUAAAGAAUGCGCCUGUCAAAAAGGGAAUGUCAACUGUGUUCAGAAAACAUGUCCGGCUAUCACCUGUUCUCAUCCAAUCAGAGACCAGUGUUGCCCUCGCUGCGGAUCUGACUGUUUCUAUAACAACAGGAUGUUUGCAGACAAACAGACAUUCCGUGAAAGUUGUAGGACUUGUGAGUGUGACAGGGGUACUGUGACAUGUUCAGAUGUCAGUUGUCCCUCCGCUCAGUGUAGCCACCCUGUGUAUGAUGAAUGCUGUAAGAGAUGUGACAGGUGCUUGUUUGAGGGGAGAAUCUAUGGGGACAGACAGAGUUUUCAGGAUAGAAAUGACCCAUGCUCAUCAUGUGUCUGUCAGUCUGGCUCAGUGACCUGCAGUAAGAAACCUUGCCCGGAUCAUAAAUGUUCCCAUCCAAUCACAACCCAGUGCUGCCCAGAGUGUACAGAUUGUCUGUAUGAAGGGGAGAUAAUUAGGCAUGGAGAGUCAAAACGCAAGGAUGAAUGUCAUGUUUGCACUUGCAGGUUUGGAUCUGUGGACUGUAGAAGACCUGAAUGUCCUACAGAUAUCUGUUCCAAUCCCUACACAGAUAGCUGUGGAUGUCAAAGGUGUGACAAGUGUACUCAUCAAGGAGGCACCUACAAUAAUGGAGCCACCUUCCCUGACCCACAGGACAAGUGUCGCCAGUGUCAGUGUCUGGAUGGUACCGUGCUGUGCCCUAAGAUUCCCUGUCGUGAACAGUGUACCCACCCCUCAGCAUCAGACGGAUGCUGUCCUAUUUGUAACGACUGCAUGUACGAGAAUACUAUACAGAGGCAUGGCGAAUUGUUUACACCUCAGUCAGACCCCUGUCAGAGGUGCCAAUGUAGAGAAGGAAGUGUCCAGUGUCUGAAGAGAACCUGUCGGGUGGAUUGUUCACAUCCCGCCACCACUGAUGGCUGCUGCCCUAUCUGUAGAGAUUGUCGUUACGAGGGUGUGGUACAGAAAUAUGGCAGCGUGUUUACAUCUAAGAGUGAUCCAUGUCGGCAGUGUCAGUGUAGGGAUGGAAAUGUGAACUGCCUGACAAUAGCCUGUGACCCUGUGAACUGUCCUCGACCUGUGACCCGACCUGGAGAGUGCUGUCCUGAAUGUCCAGUGUGUAACUUCCUGGGCCGUGUGUACGAUGAUGGACAGAGAUUUACCCACCCUCAGGACCAGUGUAAAACUUGCACCUGUUUUGGAGACAAGGUUGAGUGUGUGAGACCUCCUUGUGACACACCCUGUACUUACCCCACUCAAGGUGCAUGCUGCCCCUUGUGUGACAAUUGUGAAUUUGAAGGAAAAAUUCGUCAGAAUGGUGCAACUUUCAAACCUGAUGCCUGUCGCACCUGCACAUGCACUAAUGGAAAUGUAAAGUGUAUUACCCAGAGCUGUCCCCCUUUAGCCUGCAUUCAGCAGGAAGUUCCAGAGGGAGAGUGCUGUCCCAGGUGUAAAAGUUGUUCUUUCAAUGGUCGGCAGUAUGUGGAUGGGUCUGCCUUUGUUCUGGAGAGAGAACCAUGUAUGAACUGCUUAUGUCAUAACACAGUGAUGACCUGCGAAGAGAGGAAGUGCUUCUCUGUCUGUGAUAAUCCUAUCAAUGAUCCGAACGAGUGUUGUCCUGUCUGUCCAACUUGUACGUACCAAGGGAGAGUAUACAGGGACGGGGAAUCCUUCAGCCCCCGUGGAGACCCCUGUGAUGUCUGUACUUGCUCAGAGGGGAGGUUGAAAUGCCACCACAAAGUGUGUCCACGUACAGCCAACUGUCCUGCUAACCAGAUUAUCCCCCCAUUACCAGGGGAGUGCUGUCCAACUUGUUCUGGAUUGGGCUAUAACUGUACAAGAACAGACAUUGGAAAUGUUAUUAAACCUAGGCCUGAUGAUGCUUGCUUUAGGUGUGAAUGCAGGGCAGAAAAGAACUGGAUGUGCACAUAUGAACCUUGUGCACCUGUCAAUUGUCCAGCAUCAGUCUGGAUCAAACCUCAAGGUCAAUGCUGUCCGACUUGUCCAGCUUGCCAUGACCUUGAGGUGGACAGAUGGUAUGAGGAAGGGACUUCCUGGAGCGGGGAUGAUGAUCCUUGUGUACAUUGUGAAUGUCGGGGAGGUGAUGUGUUCUGUCAUGUAAUUGGCUGUCCUGCAAUUGUGUGUAACCGUGAACAAAGAUUUAUCAAACCAAAAGGGAAGUGCUGUGCCAUAUGUGAGGACAUACCUGCUAUUCCUUGCCAAUACAAUAGUGCUGUGUACCAGCCUGGUGAAAGCUGGAGGGUGGAUGACUGUACAGACUGUCGCUGUCUGGGAGGGGUUGUCGAAUGUCUGACACAGACAUGCCCUCCCCUGGACUGUGACCCCAGUGAUGUUGCCACAGCAACCCCAGGGUCAUGUUGCCCUGUCUGUAUUACAAAACCUGGUACAUGCCUUGUGUUUGGGGAUCCCCAUUAUUACACCUUUGAUGGCACCACCAUUCACUUCCAGGGUUUCUGUAAAUAUACCAUGGCAACAGACUGUGUCAAUAAUGACUUUGUAGUGGAUGUUCACCAUGACAACAGAGGGGCACCUGGACAUGUGUCCUGGGCUCAAAACUUUACUAUAACACUGGGGCGAAGUGUCAUUGAGCUCCUACAAAAUCAUAUUGUAGAGGUGGACGGACGACGAGUGGAGCUGCCAUUCUUUAACAAGAACUUUUCUGUGGAGCACACACAGGAUACUGUCCUGUUUAACACAAAACUUGGAAUCAAGUUGGUAUGGAAUGGAAACAGUUAUGCCGAGCUCAGUGUCCCAGGGACGUAUCGUAACAAGCUGUGUGGUCUGUGCGGGAACUUCAAUGGGUUCCCAAUGGAUGACAUGAAAACUAAAGGCAGACAGAUCACCAACUCUCCAAGUAUAUUUGGCAACAGUUGGAAGACUUUACAGCAAGAGAAUGAAUUCUGUAAGGAUGGCACAGAUCAAGACCCAUGUGUGGAGGCAGGGUACCGCGCCAGGAAGUUUGCCACCACCCAGUGUUCUAUCCUCAGGGGUCCGAAGUUCAGUCGUUGUCAUCGUGCAGUAGCCCCUGACCCUUUCUAUGCAGCAUGUGUGUAUGACUUGUGUGUAUGUGGAGAUAAUUCUACAUGUCUGUGUGACAUUCUUUCCUCCUAUGCUAAAGAGUGUGCUAAGGUGGGAGUGAGGCUGGAAUGGAGAGAAGCAGGUCUUUGUGAUUUUGGAUGUGAUGAGAGUUUGGGAUUUGUGUUUGAUGAGUGUGGCCCAGUUUGUCCAAGGACAUGCGAGAACUAUGACACACCCCUUGGUGAUUUGAAAACAAAUUGCUUCAAGCCCUGCAUCGCCAGCUGCCAGUGUCCAGCAGAUAAAGUGUUACUUAACGGGAGAUGUGUGCCUUUUGAUCAAUGUCCAAGAAUAGAUCGAGGGGAUAUCCCAGUGGGGCCAGCACAGGGAUAAAGUGUAAACAUCCAAAGGGAAAUUUAAUAUGAGCUAGGUGUGUACCAGAAUAGAUGGUAAUCGACUUUAAGUUGUAAUGUUAUGGGUACAUUUUUCAGUGCAAUAUCAGUGUUUUGAGUGUUCUGAGAAUCUUAUUUUCAUUGGAGGUGCUGAAUGAAAAUAUUAUCAUUUGUUAUAACUGCAGAACACUUGUAGAAAAUUAAGUGCAAGAGAACUGAGAGCUGGAAUAUUGAGAGGGACGAUACUAAAGCUAACAAUACUCAUUUGAUAUGAAUAGAAUAAUUGAACAAGUCAGGGACGAAUGGGAUCUAGCCAAACAACCAGUGACCUCAACAGAAAUCCCUAUUAGUGUAAAUUAUUUACCUGAAACAUACUCAUAAAAUUUUUAUUAGAAUGCAUUGUGACAUUGACUCAAUGGUGCAAUCAACAUGAUUAUCCCCCUUUCACACUAACAUCACAAAGUUUGUGGGGUUUUUUCCCCAUGAGGAGUUGCAGUGGAUGCUUUGGCCAGUUUUCUUUUCAGUUAAUUGUAUCUUUAUUGCAGUACACAUAUUCAUAUGUAUUAAGAGAAAAAAGAUAAACAUGUAUUUUGAAUUUAAAACUUUUAAAGAAAAUUUGCCUUGAAAUAUUUAGAAAAAUUCUUUUGAUUUAAGUAUAGAUAUCCUCAUAUUUAAUGUAUUAUACCUAUGUUUGCUAUCAACUUUCAUUUUUGUAACCCUAAACCAGUUUUCUGAUGUUAUGCAAGAAAGUCUGGAUUAUACUGAACAUUUGUAGUGAUAUUUUUUUUAUAUGAUUAUUUACUCUUUGAUAUGGUAUUGAUGAACAAUUUUUACAGAAUUUUUACAGCAUUAUUUGCUGUUUAGAACAAUGGUUUAC